GAUGCGCCAUUGCCCUUUUUGAUGCCCCUGGGCAAUUGUCUCCGCUUCUCGACGAACAUCGCGCUACACAAAAUGCUGCCAGAGGGCAGCAGGAGAGCCGGUGGACCACAAGAUGUGCGUGGCCAGCUGCUGCUGCGGGCGCCAGCAGUCAAGGCAGAGCUGAAAUCUUCAGCCGAGAAGCACUCGACUCGUCGAAGGACGGAAUCUGGGAGCAUUCUCGAAAUGCACCAAGGUAAACUCGGAG